AUGCCCGUGUCCAGCUCGUCAAAGCUCUCCUUGACCACGCCGUCCAAUGGCGCCAGUGGCUUGGGGGGAGGUGAAUCCGGUUCCCGCAGCGCCACGGUGAAGUCGUCGCAUGGCAAAUCCUUCAACACUACUCCGGGGAGUGGGCUGGUAUCUCCAACGGGGGGGGCUUCCAGCGCCUUUGGCCUGGGAUCAGGGGCUUUUGCUUCGUUUGGCUCGUUUGGCUCAGCCAAAACACCAAAGUCCGGCGGGAACCCUUUUGAUAGUGCCAUGGGCUCAGCCGUCGCGAAGCAAACCGCCUUCAAGGAUGCCGCAAAGCCCGUAGCUAGGCCGCCUAACAUGGCGCCCAUCUCCGAGACCAAAGCGUCAGAACCCCCGGCAGGGGCCACACAGAUUCACAUGCUGAAAGAUGCAUGGUCUUUCUGGUACAGACCCCCGAUCUCGAAGGCGCACGGUUUCAUCGAAUAUGAGAAUACACUGCAUGGCAUCGCCACCGUGCGGUCGGCGGAGGAAUUUUGGCAAAUCUACUCGCACCUCAAACGGCCAUCAAACCUGCCUGUCGUGUCCGAUUACCACCUUUUCAAAAAGGAUAUCCGGCCGAUAUGGGAGGAUGAGGUGAACCGGAAGGGAGGCAAGUGGGUUGUUCGCCUGAAGAAGGGUGUGGCUGAUCGCUACUGGGAGGACUUGUUGCUUUCUCUUGUUGGCGACCAGUUCGGCGAUGCUGGAGAGGACGUGUGUGGUGCCGUACUGAGUAUGCGUAAUGGCGAGGAUAUUUUGAGCAUUUGGACCAGAACCGACGGCGGUCGCGUGCUCAAGAUUCGCGAAACCAUGAAGCAGGUUCUCAACUUCCCGGCGAACACUCGUCUCGAGUUUAAGUCGCACGACUCCAGCAUCCAGCAACGAACUGCCAUCGACGAGCAACGCCGCGAGAAGGCCAGUCAACACCAGGGCGACAAGCGGCACACAAAUAGUUCAUCCAAGCAGAGCUUCGAAUAA